AUGACGCAAACUACCAUCCCGCCGGGGUUCCUGGGUAAUCUAUCAGCAGAGCAAGAGGCCCGGCUGCAACAAUUCUGGGCCCUUCUUUUACAUCUAGCUGGGGCGUCAUCGGUAGCAGCAAUUGAGCAACUAGUGCAUGUCAACAGCCUCGAGCGUGUAAAAUCAUCCCCAUUGCCGUUGCCGCCUCGUUCCCUCAGUCGCACAAAUUCCCUCUUUUCACGAACCGAACCUACCCUCUCUGGCAAGGGCAGCCGGACCUCUGUUUCCAUCCAUCAAGCUAGACUAGUCCAGACAUUCCGUGAUGCAGGCCUUACUGCAUCUGAAGGCCGCUCUGUGCGCCGAUUCCUCUCAUGCCUGUCGCCUGAGGAUGUGCGAUUCGGUGUUCUGACCGCCGCCAAACACGAACCGCCAGACGUAUAUUUACUCCGAUAUUUGCGAAGAUGUAGGUGGGAGGUGAAUAAAGCUCUGGUGCUGCUUCUGAACUCACUUAUAUGGCGCUUGAAGGAGAUGAAGGUGGAUAAUGUUCUACUGCCACGAGGAGAGCUAUACGCUGCCCAACAGGAGCAAAAUUUGAUGGAUAAAUACAGCUCUGGGGAAGCAAGGGGAUUUAUCUCGCAGUUAAGGAUGGGGAAAUGCUACGUUUAUGGGGUGGACAGGCUCAACCAGCCUGUUUGCGUGGUAAGAGUGCGCUUACAUCAACCUGGAGCCCAAAGCAAGGAUGCGCUCAAUCAGUUUAUCACACAUAUAUAUGAAUCAGUUCGACUUGUCAUCUCACCUCCGAUAGAGACUGCUACGGUUGUCUUCGACAUGACAGGCUUCUCUCUCGCCAAUAUGGAAUAUGCUCCUGUUAAAUUCAUCAUCCGCUGUUUCGAAACGUAUUACCCUGAAUCUCUAGGAGUUCUCCUUCUUCACAAUGCUCCUCGGAUUUUUGCUGGAAUCUGGAGGGUCAUAAAAGGAUGGAUGGACCCUGCUCUCGCUGCUAAAGUUCACUUCACCCGAACAAUCAAGGACCUCGAGCAAUUCAUCGCGUUAGAUCAGAUUGCUAGUGAACUCGGCAGCAGCGAAGACUGGGAGUAUGAGUAUCCGGAGCCGGAGCCGGACGAGAAUCGUCAGAUGGAGGAUUACGCUACGCGAGACACUCUAUUAGCUGAGCGACAAUCUAUCGCAGAGCAGUUCCUAGCUGCGACUUCGCGUUGGAUCUCCGCUACGGGAUCGCAAGAUGAAGAGGAGUUGAAACAGGCUAUAUUGCGGCGUGAGGAGAUUGUAGAGCAGAUCUCUGCCAACUACUGGGAUCUUGAUCCGCAUGUCAGAGCUCGGAAUUUCCUAGAUCGCACCGCCAUGAUUCAUGAUGGCGGCCGGAUUGAGAACUACCCGGCAACGCCUAAGACUCCUCCUCAAGUCCAAAUCCAGACGGCAAAGAUUCUACAGGUCCGGCAUGUGCAGAGAGCCCGGCUAAAGAUUGUCACUAUUUGA